AUGGAGCUGAGAAACCAAACAGCUUUUUUAGAAUUUCAUCUCCUCGGUAUGACAAAUGAUCCUAAACUACAACCCCUAAUAUAUGGUAUAUUUCUGUGCAUAUAUCUUGUCACAAUUCUAGGAAACAUAGUCAUCUUUCUGGCAAUCUGCUCAGAUUCCCACCUACACACUCCCAUGUACUUCUUUUUAUCAAUUUUGUCUAUUAAUGACAUGUGUUUAAGCACAAGCACUAUCCCCAAAAUGUUGGUGAACAUUCAAGCACAGAAUAAUAAAAUUAGUUACAUACAAUGCAUCUCUCAACUCAGCUUUGUCUCAAUUUUCAGUGGUAUGGAAAAUUUUCUCCUUGCAGUAAUGGCCUAUGACCGUUAUGUUGCUAUUUGUAAACCCCUGAUGUACACAAUCACCAUGAGCCCCUGUUGUUGUGCUUUCUUUGUCCUGCUCUGUCUUUUGUUUAGCAUUCUAGAUGCUGUCCUCCACACUGUAAUGGUGCUGCAACUGUCAUUCUGCACAAACAUGGAAAUCCAUAAUUUCUUCUGUGAACUUGCUCAGAUUCUAAAACUUGCCUGUUCUGAUACCUUCCUGAAUAACUUGCUUAUAUUUGUUGCAGUUUUCAUAUUUGCAGGUGGUGCAUUCUCUGGUGUCAUCCUUUCAUAUAUUUACAUUUUGUUGUCAGUCUUUAGAAUGACAUCCCAAACAGGAAAGAAAAAAGCCUUUUCUACCUGCACAUCCCAUAUGUCUGUUGUAUUCUUGUUUUAUGGAACUGGUCUUGGUGUGUAUUUCAGCUCCUCAGAAACUGAAUUUACAAGACAUUCAGCACUGGCAUCAGUGAUGUACACUGUAGUCCCUCAGAUACUGAACCCCUUUAUCUACAGUCUAAGGAAUAGAGACAUGAAGAAAGCCUUUCAGAAAUUUAUUGGUUGGAUAUCUUAG